CGGGGCGCGAUGGAGCCGGCGGCUGACCUGGGGCUCGGGGACUCGUCCCUGCACCGCUACCUGGACGGCGACUUCUGGAGCCUCAAGAACGAGCUGCGCAGGCUCCUGGGCGGCUGCCCGCUCUUCCGGCACAGGUAUGAUUUAAAUUUGGAUGAAAUGAGAGCUUUGACAAUUCAGAGAGUGAAUUUUACCAUGGGUCUACCUCUGUUAAAGCGUGCAGUUCAGGAACAGGCAGAGAAAACAAAGAAUUUUGUCAGCCGAAGCCUCGUGAUAGGAGAAGUCCUCUCCAUCGCGGACAUGGCCACAGGAGUGAAGUGUGGAAUAAUCUAUUGGCUAUUCGGUGGUGCUGUCAGGAAUCUCGGAAGCCCCGGACAUGUUACUAAGUGGUUCCGGCCACUCCAGGAGCAGAAAUACACGGGGAUGUUUGCGAUGACCGAGAGGGGCCACGGGAGCAACGUGAGAGGGAUCCAGACGGAAGCCACCUUUGACCUCUCUGCACAGGAGUUCGUCAUUGACACGCCGUGCGAGAACGCCGAGAAGAUGUACAUCGGCAACGCCAUGCACGGGAAUUACGCCGCGGUCUUCGCCCAGCUCAUCGUAAAUGGAAGGUCCCAAGGGCCACACUGUUUCAUCGUUCCUGUCCGGGAUGAAAACGGAAACUUGUACCCAGGAGUGACAGCUGUUGAUAUGAUGUACAAAGAAGGUCUGCAAGGUGUGGAUAAUGGGAUUUUAAUAUUUGACAAGGUUCGGAUUCCAAGGGAGAACCUGUUGGAUAAGUUCGGUUCUGUGGCUCCAGAUGGACAGUACCAUUCUCCUAUCAAGAACAAGAGCGCAAGAUUCAACGCGAUGCUGGCUGCGCUGACCCCUUCAAGAUUAGCUUUGACUUUCCAAGCUUUGGGUGCCAUGAAGCUUGGGUUGACGAUAGCCAUUCGGUAUAGCCACAGCCGGAGGCAGUUUGGGCCCAAAGCCAGAGAAGAGGUGAAGAUCAUUGAGCACCAAACGCAGACUCUUCGGCUGAUGCCUCACCUGGCCACGGCCUUGGCUCUGACCUUCGCCAGCAGGUACGCUGGGGCCCUGCUGGACGAGGAUGUCUUCCAGGGGAAGGAGCUGGUCAACAGCCGCUCGCUGCAGGCCCUGGUGGCUGGGUUGAAGGCCUACAGCACCUGGGAGAACAUCAGCUGCCUGCAGGACUGCCGCGAGUGCACCGGAGGCAUGGGUUACAUGAUGGAAAACCGAAUCUCAGGCUUAAAGUGUGACACAGAUGUGUUUGUCACUUUUGAAGGUGACAAUGUUGUUAUGCUACAGGUUGUAGGGCGGGAACUGCUGACCCAAUGCACCAAACACUAUGAAGAAAAGCCACUCUCUGGCCUGCUCCAAAACUGGGCUGAGUCUGUGGGUGACAAGCUGAGAACCAGUUUCCUGGCAUUUAACAUGGACACAGUUGGUAGUCUCGCCUUUCUGUUGAAAGCAGUGAAUUUUCGUGAAAGGGUUCUACAGCGGGGUUUGGUGGCCAGAAUGUAUCAUAAGGUGAUGACCAAGAAGGAGGACUUUUUCAGUGCCUGGAACUCGUGCCUGCACCACGUGGCUUCCCUGUCUCUGGCGCACACUCACCGAGUUACCUUGGAGCAGUUCUCCCUGGCAGUGAAGAGCUGUCCCGACCAAGAGGACCAGGCUUUGUUAAUGAAGAGCCCAGGAAGAUGGCUGGCACACAGGAGGGAAGAGGGGAAAGGAGAAAAAGAGGAGGGAGGAAAUUGGCUGUGGAUGAAGUGCCCGGAGAACAGCCUGCGCGAGGGCACCAGUCGGCCAGUCACUCCCUCGUCUCAGGUCUCCUGAUGGAACGUUUUCAGCUUCUGGAAAAUCUCUCCACCUUUCUCUCUUUCUAGGGCUGUAAAAAAGAUGGGAUAGGGGUGGGCAACUUGGUAUGUCACUGAAACCUUUGCCUGAUGGGAAGAAUAGCCUGUGGAUAAUUGUUUAAUGUAUUGCAUUUUGAAAAAAACUCACAGAAAACAUAUCAUUCAAUGUCAGGAUUAGGGCCAAUUAGACAAGUAAGACAAACCUCCUACUAAAAUGAAAGGCUCUCGGAUUGGGUGAAAAAUGACACCCAACAAUAUGACAUAUACGAAACAUGCAAAUGUCUGCUCCCAAGAAGGUGGAGUGGGCAUGCUCACCCCUAUCCUUUCUGCCAAGGACUAGAAACACCGGAUAUUAUGUAUCAGAGCGCGCAUAAGAAGCUGCUGAGAGGUGGAGGCUUAGAAGGCAGACCAGCCAGGAGCCUCAGGACCUGAGGAAUGACACCGCGGGGGACCCCCUGGGUUUUCUGCGUGCCCCAUGUAUUCCAGAGUUGGAGCUGCAGACGCCAGCAACCAGGAAAAGGCUAAUGUGCUCAGCAACAACACAACGACAACAAGGAAGAAGAAGAAAAGGAAGAAGCCUACUUUAGCCAAAGGAAAGGGGCAGAGCCUGGCAAGACAAAAGAUUUUUAGAAGGUAACGCUUUAUUCUAGCCCAGCACCGUGGAAUGUGGCCGCACGUCCGCCCAUGCCAGGAGAGGCCACGUGGGAAGCACAGCCGCCCACGCUCACUAGGCUGUCACGAGGCGAUGCAGCCCUGCCACCGGGGCUGUGUCAAAGGAAGCCUAGCAGCGAGCAGGGGUUUUCAUCUCUAUUGGCCAGUUAACGAGGCCUCUACCCUGUCCACUGCAGUGUCAUUGGAAACCACGUGAGGAGCCUGGGUUUAUUCCCCCACUCAGCAAUCACGAGUCGCCCUGUCCUCUCCCACUGUGGUAGUGUCAGAGGAAGCCAAAUGGAAAGGGUCAGGACAUUCACUACCACCCAGUGGUAAGGAGGCCACUCCUUGGUGGUCAGUGGAGCUGAGCAGAGCAGAAAGGAGGCACUCCUGCCCUCCCACCAGGUGCUAGCAGCAGAGGCCCAGUGGGGAGCUGGACCUUCCUCCCCACCCAAGCCGUACUGAGGAGCACUUCCCCGCCUUGGGUGUCGCUAGAGACUGCAAUGCAUCCUUCAUUCCCUGAAGGGGCAGUGUCAUAGGAAGUUAGCUAAGACAAGCUUUAAAUAAGAUCCAGCGUCUCAUCAUAGAAUACCCCAAAUGUCAAAAUGUGCAAGCUUCAAUCAAAAAUCACUCAUAAUACCAAGAUCCAGGAAAAUCUCAAACUGAAUGAAAAAAGACAAUUAACAGACACCAACACCAAGAUGUCAGGAUGUUAAAAUUAUGUGAAAACCACUUUAAAGCAGCCAUUAGAAAGGAUUCAAUGAGUAAUUAUGAGCAUGCUUGAAACAAAUAAUACAAUAGAAAGUAUGACCAAAGAAAUCGUCUCAGUAAGGAAAUGGAAAAUGUAAACGACCCAGUGGAAAUGUCAGAAUUGAAAAGUAUAGUAACUGAAAUAGAAAUGUCAGUAGAUAGGCUCAACAAUAAAAUAGAGGGGACAGAGGAAAGAAUAAGUGAACUGGAAGAUACAAUAGAAAUUACUGAAUUUGAACAACAGGAAGAAAAUAGACUUAAAAAAAAAAGAAAAGAGUCUCGGGGACCUAUGGGAUUAUGAUGAAAUAUAUAAAUUUACAUUAUUGUGGUUUCAGAAAAAAAAAAAAAGAAAGAAGGUGGGGCUAAAAAGUACUCCAAGAAAUAAUAGUUGAAAAGUCCCCCAAUAUGGCAAAACAUAUAAACCUACAGAUUCAAGAAGCUGAGUGACAAAUAAGAUAAAUCCAAAAACUUAAGGUGCAUCAUAACUAAAAUUCUGAAAAUUAAAUACAAAUAUAAAAUCUUAAAAGUUGUUGGAGAAACAAUACCUUAUCUCUAGGGGAAACCCAAUCCAAAUGACAGAAGACUUCUCGUCAGAAACCACAGAGGCCAAAAAGAAGUGACACAACAUUUUUGAAAUGUUAGGGUGGGGGAAGAACUGUCAACCCGAACGCUAUAUCCAGUAUAAAUAUCCUUUAGGAAUUAAGAGGAAAUCAAAAUAUUCUUAGAGCAAGGAAACUGAGAGAAUUUGUCACCAGAAUAGCUACCCUAAAAAAGCGGAUAAGAGAAGUUAUCUAAACAGAAGAGACAUGAUAAAAGAAGGGAUCAAGAAAAUUAGGAAAGAAGAAAGAAUGUGGUAAACAAAGGGACUAAGUUCAACCCGCUUCCCUUCUCCUUUUGAGUUUUCUAAAUUAUGCUUGACGACUGAAGUGAAGAUUAUAACACUAUCUGCUGUGAUUCUACACGGAUGUAGAGAAAAUAUUUUAGAUAAUUAUACCGUAUGCAGGGGAGGAUAACGGGAUGAAAGAAUGGUAAGGCUUUUACACUUCACUCAAAUGGUUGAUACAGGUAGACUGUGAUAAGUAAUGUAUACAGAAUGUAAUUCCUAGAGCUCUGAAUACUAAAACACUGUUCAGAGAGAUGCACCCGAAAAUACUCUUUUUAAAUAAAUCAGAAUGAAAUGCUAAAACAGGCCCAGGUCACGCACAGGCAGGCAAGGAAGAGAAAACAGAAAUGAAAAAACACAGGAAACAAACAGAAAAAGAAAAUAAAAUGGCAGCCUGAAGUUCUAAUAUAGCAAUAAUUAUAUUAGUUUUAGAUCAUCUAAAUGCAGAAUUUAAAGAUAGAAAUGGUCAGAGUGGAUUAGAAAACAUGAAUUAAUUAUAUGCUGUCAAUAGGAUAAUAUAAAUAAGUUGAAAGUACAGGGCUGGAAAAUGACAUAUCAUAAAAACAUGAAUCAAAAGAAAGCAAGGUUAGAUGUAUUAGUAUCAGAUAAAGUAGACAUCAGAGCAAAGAAAAGUAUCAGAGACAGAUUAAAACAAUAUAUUAUAACAAAAGGGUCAAUCUACCAGGAAGAUAUGGCAACGCUAAAUGUAUGCACCAAAGAUUACAGCUAUAAAAUACAUGAAGCAAAACUGAUAUGAGAGAAGUGAAAGGAGAGAUAGGCAAGCCCACAAUCAUAGUUAGAGACUUCAACACCGCUCUCUCAACAAAUGACAGAACAACUAGACAGAAAAUCAAAACAUGUAGAAAAACUCAACACCAUUCACACACAGGAUCUAUAGACAUUUAUGGAACACUCUGCCUAACAACAGCACAAUACAUUAUUUUCAAGUGCCCGUGGAACAUAACCCAACACAGACCAUAGCUUGGUACAUAAAGCAAAGCUCAAAAACUUUUCAAAGGAAAUAAAAAAUACAUAGAACAGAAUGAAAAUUAAAAUACCAUAUGUCAAAUUGGUGAAAUACAACUAAAACGAUGUUGAGAGGGGAAUUUACAGCUUGCAUGAACAAAAGGAAAUGUUUCAAGCCAAUAACCUAAGCUCCCACCUCAAGAAUCUAGAAAACAAAGAGCAAAGUAAAUCCAAAGAAAGCAGAAGGAAGUAAAAAUUAUAGAUAAGAGCCAGAAUUAGUAAAAUUGAAAACAGGAAAAAAAAAUAGAGAAAACCAAUGAAAUAAAGAGCUGAAUCUUUAAAUAAAAAUCAGUGGAAGUGAUAACCCUCUAGCAAGACUAACAAAGAUAAAACACAAAUUGCCAGGAUCAGUGAUGAAGGGAAUGAUAUCAGUAUAGACCCUGAAAACAUCUGAGUGAUAGUAAGAGAAUACUAAGAAAAAUUCUGUUAAUACACACAUUUAACAACUUGUAUUGUUAAAUGUUGUAUUAAUACAACAAUUUAACAACUUAGGGGAAGUAGACCAAUUCUUCAUAAACACUUACUACCACAGCUUACUCAACAUGAAAUAGAUAAUUUGGAUAGCCCCAUAACUAUUAAGUAAAUUAAAUUCAUAAUUUAAAUAUUUCAGAGAAAGAAAACCCCAGACCUAGAUGCUUUCACUGGAUAAUUCCACUGAACAUUUACAGAAGAAUUAACACCAGUUCUACAUAAUUUUUUCCAGAAAGUAGAAGAGGAGAGAAAUACUUACCAAUUUAUUUUAUGCAGUUAGUAUUCUCCUGAUACUACCAAAAUUAGACAGAGAUAGAAUAAAAAAGGAAAACUACAGACCAAUAUCCUUUAUAAAUACAUAUAAAAUCCCUAAAGAUAUUAAUAAAUAGAAUUCAGCAACAUAUAAAAAGAAUUAUACACUGUGACCAAGUGUGGUAUACUCCAAAGAUACAAGGUGGGUCCAAUUUUCACAAAUCAAUCUCAUUCCUCAUAGUGAAGGGCAAAAGAGAAAAAAAAUCACAUUAUCAUAUCAACUGAUACAGAAAAAGCGUGUGACAAAAUUUAACACUCAUUCAUAAUAACAACUUUUAGACAAAUAGGAAGAGAGUAGAACUUCCUCAGCUAGAUAAAGAGUAUCUACAAAAAUCCCAUAGCUAACAUCACACUUUGUGAUAAAAGAUUGAAUGCUUUCCCCUUAAUGUUAGGAACAAGCCAAGGAUGUUUGGUCUUACUAUUCCUAUUCAAUAGAUUACUGGAAUUUCCAGCCAGUGCAAUACAGUAAGAAACAGAAUAAAACGCAUAUACUUUUAGAUCAGGAAGGAAGAAAAAAAAAAACAGUUCUAUUUAUAGAG